GGUAAGAGCGCAGAACACGAGCAAAACACCAUAAGUAUUAAUCGCUAAUGCGCACACAUAUAAAACUGCAUGCUUUCCAUAUAAAGUUGCCCGCUGUCCCGCUUUUGCAUACGUCAAGUGAGUUCGAUUUUGGUCAAGUGGACAUGAGGAAACUACAAGUGAAUCACCUGGUGUAGGGACUGGAAGGGGCACGGACGCAUAAUGGCCGAAGCUGGCCAGCGCUUCCCUCAACGGCAGCCGCAACAACAGCCGCAUCUGUUUGAGGAGAGCAGCUAUAGGCGCCUGCGACAGGCCCUGCUGGAAAUAGGCGUGCACCCGGAGCUGGCUUCACAGUUCACGCAUGACGACCUGGGCCUGCUCCUGCGCCACGGCUUUAAGGAUGCUCGGGGCCUUCUGAUCGCCAAGGUUAACAUCCUGCUACAGGUUGGGCUACGGGCUUUCUGCGCGAGUUGUAUCGAGACGGCUCAACAGCACGCGGCGGCGGCGCAGCAGAACGGGGUGGUGAACCCAGGCUGCGGGGUGGCACACCAAGGUGAACUGCUGCCGCUUGCCCAGGACGUUAAUGGCCCUCACGAUCAGGAUCAAUUGACAUCGGGCGGCUUCCAAUCUGCCUCAACCACAAAAUGGUGGCACGACUGGCUGCCGUCCACCUCGCUGCGGGUCUCACAGUCGCAGUCGCAGCCUGUGUCUGGCAGCAUGCUAUCAUGUCAGGCGGUGGCGGCCUUGCCAUUGACAAGUGCGGUGCCUGAGGCGGACGCUGCGAUAUUGGACGUGCCUAGCAGUGGCUCGGCAGCAGCAGUCGCAGCAAGCCUCCAGCGUCCACAGCAGCAGUUGGGAACCUGCCGGCGCCGCCACGUGCACCGGCCCGCGCCUGGCCAGGAGCGUACUUGACAGCAUGCGACACGGAACAGCAGUGGCGAGGGCUAAGCGCGUGAGUCCUCGGUGUCUAAUCAUGAGACAUCGUCGCGGAGGAGGUGAACGCGGCGCAGUCAGUUGCAGCCGUGUCGAAUUUUAAUGGCAAUUCAAGCGAAGAUGCCUGCCAACUACAGCAGCGGCACCAGAAGUUGCACAACUCUUCCAGCAGGAGCAACGGCUGGACGUUAGAAAUGCCCAAGCCUGCGGCAGCAGCUGGCACAGCACGGCGUGCUUGGCAGGUGGGCGGGGUUGGAAGCUGGGGACGUGACGGGACCAAGAUUGCUGGCAGGAGGGUGUAUAGAAGUGUCAGUCUGUACACUAGCUGGGCGCUUCUACGCGAAACGCCAUUUGCGCAACACGAGCAGGUAUAGUUUUUGUGUUAGGAGAAAGGGCUAUCUCACCGAGCUCGGCACGUAUGCUUGAUUAACUGCAGUGCGUGCUUCGUUUGACUUGUCGAACGUAGCGGAUUUCACGAGUAUGCGACACGCGCUCUUGGAGAUCCUGCUGGGUAUUGCACGGCAUGCAGCAUUGCGAUGCACCUGCGGUGGCGGCGGCACUGGCCGGGCUACGGCUGCAGGGGCCCAGCGGCGGCAUCCACAUGCAAAGCGGAGGGAGCAGGCAACACCUCGUGGUGGAGGAUAGCGUGGCGCCGCUGGAAAGGCGGCGCUGGCGUGCAUGUCACGGCCGGUCGGCGUUUGGUUGUGGGUAGGGGCGAGCACAGCAUUUGUUGUACAAUAUCAGCAGCCUAAUGACGGCUGUGUGACGGCGGUUGGAAUGUAUGUGGAUGUGUAGCAGGAGUGCUUCUUGAAGCCCGCUUCUGGGCGCUCAUCUGCUGCGUGAAAGUACUUGUGGACGCCGGAGAAGAGGAUCUGCUGGGCCCAACGUAGGCAGACGGGCGGGAACAUAGAGCGCAAAACCUUUAGACCGCAGUUGUCGUGUACGGUAUGUUGAGUAAAAUCCAUUCGGGGACGCGGUGUGCCGGUUGCCGCGGCGGUGUUCCUGACACCGUGACUUGCAGAGGCGGUAUGGUAAAGACGGUAACGGCUCCGUGUGAGUUGGAGCCACAGUUACGUGUGUGCAGCGCGCCAAGCUCGGGUUUCGCAGUGGGGCUAUAGGGCCUUAGGUGCUGACGUUUUGUCAGGUUGGCGUUGAGUUCUGCUUCGGCCGCAAGUGUUGGGCAAAGGUUGGUCUUGGGGCUAUGCCUGCCUCGUCCGGCCGUACGUGGUCCGGGACGGAGGCAGUGCCAAGCAACCCGGUCUCACCCGGGGCGUGCCCAUACACGCGGCACCGUCCAAAGCCCAAACCAUCCAAGAUUCCUAUGCAUGGAAUAUGUAUGCUAUGAAUAAAAGCUGAAAUGGGGCCUGGGGUGACCUGUCCGCUCGCCGAGCUCGCGAAAUGCAGCGACAUGCCCCGACUAUGUGCACGAAGGAGUGUAUGUGGUGGCGCGGUCAUUGGCUCAUUGCAGGCGGCGCUGGCCGGGGGGCUGCUGGAGGCGCUGCUGGCAAAGGGCCUGGGGGUGGGGCACGCCGGCGUUAGGGUGCAUGGGAUGCUGCGCAGUAGCUUCGUCACGCUGGUGGCAGACGAAGGGCUGAGAGAGGGGUAUGCAAGGGGCACGUGCGAAAGGAAGCUUGGUCGCGGCACAUGCAAUGUGGCGUCAGGUUGACUUGGAAAGACUUCGGCUUCCCUAGAAUCCAAUUGUUCAUUGUGCGUCCAUUGUGUACUGUCUUUCGCCAUC